AUGGGCCGUCCAGUAGAUGUCCGCAAAAUCAUCACCAGUUUAUUUUCAAUCGGUUCGUUACUUUCUCUCUUUUUCUUUGCUUCGGGAUGCAGAGUCUCCGUGAGCGUCCUUGACAGAGAAGUGAACGGGACCGUCGGCCGCUCGGCCCUUCUCGCCAGCUGCUACUCCACACCCGACCCCUGCUCCCAGCUAAGAGUAGAGUGGCGUUUACACCCCAGCACAACUCCGCUUGUGAGUCUGAACCGACCAAACUGCACUUCGUAUGUGAGACUGAGCCGAUCAAACUGCCCUCCACACACCGACCGACCCGCUUGUAACUGUUCAGUUCGCUGGGUGGCCAGUCCUUCCCUCACGGGGCGAGUCCAACUCUACCCCGAGAAUGGGUCCCUGUUACUGCGGGAUUUACGGCGCAGUGACAGCGGAGUGUACGAGAUAUCGGUUUACACCGGCGGAAACAGCGCUGUUAAAGACAACGUGACAUUAACGGUCUACAAUCACCACACGGUCGGAACCACCACAGAGUAUACUCCGACUGGAGGGACUGCGGCGCCCCCUAACCCAGCAGCUGAUUUCGGUCUGCGGGCGGUGGUCCUCGGAAGUCUGACCGUGUUCGGGAUAUGCCUGUGUGCGAUCUACAGUUGCAAAGCGAGAAGAGACAACAGGAACUCUCCGGGUCCUCGCGAAGGGUUUCGUAUUCGGGGCUGUGCGGAGGUUUAAAAUCCAGGUGCACU